ACUAACAUGUUUUUGCACUAUGGAACUGUGAUGCUGGAAACUUGAAUUUCCCUCGGGAUCAAUAAAGUUACUAUCUAUCUAUCUAUCAUAUGCAUCCUCCUUCACGUCAGGUAGUAGUACCAUUUAGAGUUGUACCAUAAAAUAAAUAUCAAUAAAUAAUUGAUGUACCUAGACACCCAGGUUUCAAUGGUCUGUGGUUUGUUUUACUAAUUCCGACGUUCUCAAACAGCACCUGAAGACAUUUCGACGCUCAGCUGCACCAGUAUUGGCCGAGUCUCAGUAUAACAUGAUGUACCCAAACUACACACGUAGAAGUACAUAACGUUACUAAUCAUGGCAUUUGUGUGUGAGUGAGUGAGUGAGUGUCACGCAGUCAUGGAGAUCAAUCAGAAAGACUGCAGACAUAAUCCUCUGGCUACUGCCGGCUUUCUGUCAAGGGUGUUUCUUUGCUGGUUAUCCCGGUUGCUGCACCUCGGCCACAAGCGGAGGCUGGAGGAAAGUGACAUGCACAGCGUUCUUCCAGAGGAUAAGUCUGAAAUACUGGGAGAAGAACUACACAGACUUUGGGACGGUGAAUUUAGAAAAGCCACAAAGGAACUUCGGAAGCCAAAACUCAGCCGAGUUCUCGUUAAGUGCUAUGGGAAGUCCUACGCAGUGGUUGGCUUGUUCGUAUUUUCACUGGAGGCAAUUAAAGUGGUCCAGCCACUUCUUCUUAGGCAAGUAAUCCUGUACUUUGAGAAUUAUGACCCAGACGACCAGAGGAGUCUUUUGAUGGUGUACGGUUACGCUGCUGCCAUGUCCCUCUCCACCUUCGGGCUGACUAUCCUCCAACAUCUCUACUACUACCACGUCCAAAGAACAGGCAUGAAGAUCAGAGUGGCCAUGUGUCACAUGAUAUACAGGAAGGCUCUUGGCCUCAGCAGUGAAUCCAUGGGGCAAACAACCACCGGACAGAUUGUGAACCUCCUUUCAAAUGAUGUCAAUCGUUUUGAUGAGAUUACACUCAAUCUGCACUACCUGUGGCUGGGACCUCUUCAAGCGAUGGUGAUCAUCGUUUUGCUCUGGCACCAGAUCGGAGUCUCGUGUCUGGCAGGUGUGGCGGUCAUUGCCGUCAUGUUGCCAGUACAGACCUGGUUUGGGAAGCUCUUUGGUAUCUUCAGGAGCAAAACGGCAGUCCUUACUGACGUUAGAAUUCGCAUCAUGAACGAAGUGGUGUCUGGCAUCAGGAUCAUCAAGAUGUACGCCUGGGAGAAACCCUUCUCAGCUCUGGUUGCCGAAGUCCGCAGGAAAGAAAUCAGUCAGAUAUUGAAGAGCUCGUCCCUGCGAGGACUCAACAUGGCCUCCUUCUUUGCCAGCAGCAAGAUCAUCGUCUUCGUCACCUUCACUGUCUACGUUCUCCUGGGCAACACCAUCACUGCCAGCAGUGUGUUUGUCACAGUUUCCCUCUAUGGUACCAUCAAGCUCACGGUCAGCCUGUUCUUCCCGCUAGCCAUCGAGACUCUGUCAGAGACUAUGGUCAGCAUACGCAGGAUUGAGGAUUUUCUCCUGCUGGAAGAGAUUGAGAGAAAAAACUCUGGGCUUCUUCUGGAGGAAAAGAAGGAAAACUCCAUUGAGAUUGACAAGUUGACCUGCUACUGGGAUAAGAGUUUGGACGCUCCAUCGCUGCAGAACAUCUCUAUCACAGUGAAGUCGCACCAACUAGUGACUGUAAUCGGCCCAGUGGGAGCUGGAAAGUCAUCUCUGCUGAGCGCCAUCCUGGGAGAGCUGCCUCGCGACACUGGAACACUGAAGGUCAAAGGUCAGCUGACCUACGCCGCUCAGCAGCCCUGGGUGUUCCCUGGAACUAUUCGCAGUAACAUCCUGUUUGGGAGAGAGCUGAACCCCCAGAAGUAUGAGAGAGUCCUCAGAGCCUGCGCUCUGAAGAGGGACCUGGAGCUGCUCCCAGACGGAGACCUGACACUGAUCGGGGACAGAGGAGCCACACUCAGCGGGGGACAGAAAGCUCGGGUCAAUCUGGCGAGGGCUGUGUAUCAGGAUGCAGGCAUCUACCUCCUGGAUUACCCUUUAAGUGCUGUGGACGCAGAGGUCGGGAGACACCUCUUUGAAAAGUGUAUCUGUGGCCUGCUGAAGAACAAGACUCGUAUCCUGGUCACCCACCAGCUGCAGUACCUGAAGGCAGCCGACCAGAUUGUGGUCCUCAAGGAGGGUCAUAUUGUGGCCCAGGGUACCUACAACAUGCUGCAGCGCUCCGGCUUCGACAUCGAGUUGCUGCAGAAAAGCAAUGACGAGCAGGGGCGCUGGCCUCGAUCACCUGACUCAGACAAAUAUUCGUUACUCAGCCAGAGGACCAAUCAGUCGCACGAUUCACACAGCAGCCUCCUGCCGCCAGACAGCAACUGGAUCGACCAGCUGCCGGCUGAAACAGCCCGUACCAUGGCAGAGGAGACUCGAGCCGAAGGAAACGUUAGUGGCCACAUUUAUCUGAAGUACUUCAAUGCCGGCUGUAACCCUCUGGUGCUAUUGGUGAUAGUGCUGCUCAGUGUCGUAGCCGAGGGUGCAUAUAUUAUGCAGGACUGGUGGCUGGUAUACUGGGCAAGUGAGGAGGUUUCUAACAGCACAGUCGCUGCCGUCAGCAUUAAAACUGCCAUUAAUGCUACUCACUCCGAUCAAGAGUCCAAUCUCACGUUUUACCUCGGCAUUUAUUCAGGUUUGACAGCAGCUGCUGUGAUCUUUGGCUAUGCCAGGUGUUUAGUGAUCAUGCACGGGCUGGUGAGAGCAGGUCAGGCUCUGCACAACAGCAUGUUCAGCGCCGUCCUCCGCACGCCUGUUCGCUUCUUCGAUGUCAACCCCAUAGGAAGAAUUCUCAACAGGUUUUCCAAAGACGUCAGCCAGAUGGACUCCAUGUUGCCCAUGACCUUUGUGGACUUCUAUCAAUUAUUUCUACAGAAUGUUGGCGUGGUGGUGGUGGCGGCCUCGGUCAUCCCUCUCAUCCUCAUCCCCGUCGUCCCCCUGCUUUUUGUCUUCUUGUACUUGAGACGUUUCUACCUCCGUACAUCCCGGGACGUCAAACGCCUCGAAUCUACAACUCGGAGUCCAGUGUUCUCCCACCUGUCUUCGACUCUUCAGGGCCUGUGGACCAUCCGAGCCCUCAGAGCCGAGGAGAGGUUAAAGAAAGCCUUCGACGCACAUCAGGACCUGCACUCAGAGGCGUGGUUUCUCUUCCUGAUGACCUCCCGCUGGUUUGCACUUCGCCUUGACAGCAUUUGCUCUAUAUUUUUCACCUUCACAACAUUUGGCUGCAUCCUGCUCCGAGAUGGGCUCAAGGCUGGAGAGGUGGGCCUGGUGCUGACUUACGCUGUGACACUGAUAGGAAACUUCCAGUGGACGGUGAGGCAAAGUGCUGAGGUGGAGAACAUGAUGACGUCAGUGGAGAGAGUGGUGGAGUACACUGAACUGGAGAGUGAAGCACCAUGGGAAACCGAAAAGCGUCCUCCUCCCGAUUGGCCCAGCAAAGGCCUGGUGACCUUUGACCGGGUGAUCUUCUCCUACGGCGGCGACGGACCGCCGGUCCUCAAAGACAUCAGCGCCACUUUCCAACCCUGUGAGAAGGUUGGUAUUGUGGGCAGAACAGGUGCUGGGAAAAGCUCUCUGGUCUCAGCUCUGUUCCGCCUGGCAGAGCCUCAGGGGAAGAUCUACAUCGACGGGGUUUUGACCUCCGAGAUCGGCCUCCACGACCUGCGCCAGAAGAUUUCCAUCAUUCCUCAGGACCCAGUGCUGUUUACAGGCACCAUGAGGAAGAACUUGGACCCUUUCAGCCAGCACACUGAUGAAGACCUGUGGAAGGCUCUGGAGGAGGUGCAGCUGAAGUCCUUGGUGGAGGAGCUGCCUGGGAAGUUGGAGACGGUUCUGGCCGAGUCGGGCUCCAACUUAAGCGUGGGCCAGAGGCAACUGGUGUGUCUGGCCAGAGCCGUCCUGAGGAAGACCCGCAUCCUGGUCAUCGACGAGGCCACAGCCAACGUGGACCCCAGGACAGAUGAGCUGAUCCAGAAAACCAUACGGGACAAGUUCAGAGAAUGCACCGUGCUCACUAUAGCUCAUCGUCUCAACACCAUCAUAGACAGCGACAGGAUACUGGUUCUGGACAGUGGUACCAUCCAGGAGUUAGACCGACCCUUCACCCUGCUGCAGAACAAAGAGGGUGCUCUCUACAAGAUGGUGCAACAGACGGGCCAGGCCGAGGCAGCAGCCCUGCUGGAGGCAGCCAGGCAGGCAUCACGUAAGUCUUGACAGCCAGAGGGCAGCAGAGCAAGAUUUAAAAGGACUGUAAGUAGUCUCUGAGAACACCUGAGGUCUACCAUCGCACUCACAAAGAAAGAAGACACAAACUCACCCUAAAGGAGGUCUCUUUCUGGAAAACUAAAGUUAAGGAUUUCUUUUAGGAUCAAAGGAUUUUUUAGGAUUUUUUUAUUGCUUUUUUUUAAAGGUGGUUGUUAAGUUAAAACUAUUUUUUAUCACUGCUACAUGUGAAUAAGCCUGUCUUCUCAUGCACCUGUCAUGUGAAUGUGCGUGUGUGUGAUACUUACUCUCCUGGAACUCCAACUGUGAAACUUCAGGUACACUGAAGACGGUGCUAUGAUGGUGCUAUUCUUUUAAUUGCAAUGCAAAUGUCACAAUAUGCUAAUUUUAUACAUUUACCUCAUAUAAAUGAUUUUUAAUUUUUAAAUGUUACGGUCUUCACACCUUGUUAAAACAGCUGCUGAGCCCAUCAGGGAAAAUGUGACUUUUUAAGGUAAAAACUUUUUUAGAUUUCUGUGUAAAUACUAUACCAGUGUAUAUUUUGAUCACCAAAGAAAUAUUUGUAGGUGUUUAUGCAGCAUAAAUAAAUGCUGUAAAUAAAGUGUAUACCUCUUCCUA